GUUAGGCUCUUAGCGCGCUGCUUUAGACGGCUGCGCAACGAGAUGUCUUACUCUGAAGUGGAUGCAGUUAAGAAGUUGCAAGGUCUAGAUAAUUCUCAACUUUCGGUAGAAAGUACAUCCCAGUGGUUUCUAAGUAAUAAACAAAUGGCUAAAGACUUGGUCAAGCUCUGGUUUAAAGAGUUUCGCAAAGCUGCUCCUAAGAAGAAAAUCGCUUUUCUGCAUCUGGCUAACGAUGUUAUACAAAGGGGUAUAACUACAGCUCCUCAGUUCAAAAAAUUGUUUGAACCAGUUUUGCCUACGGCGUUUAAAGAAACAUCAAAAGUACAGCGUCAUUCAGUGCGUUCAUCUGUCGCUCAUCUUUUAAUCGUAUGGGCUACUCGUCGAGUGUAUUCUAAGAGUUUUCUUAGACAGUUACGUUUUAUAUGCCAACGAGCGGUCGCUGAAGCAGAUACGCCAGAUGCCAGUGAAGAGAUCAAACGUAACAUCAUUGCUGCAUCACCAUUCGCUUUCUCAUUCACAGCAGUUUUGACAAAUUCAUCAGGAUUAUCAGGGAAUAAAGAAUCAUCUGUUGCUGGUAAUAAUCUUCAUACACCCAAGUUAAUUGACAAUAACAAAGUGAAUCGUAAACGACACCGUUCUUCAACUACAAAAGACAUAUCAACGGCUCCAAUAUGCUUUGACCCUAAAAAUUAUGGAGAUAGUAAUAUGUCGCGUAAUUCAAUUUCUGCAUUCCGUGAAGAGUUAGACCUUGAACUACAAACUGAGGCUACUGAACCUCCAAAGGUCAGUGAACUUAUUCAACUUUUAGAAACUCUUCAAUCAGCUGCUUCUGCUGAUGCUGCUACACGCCGUGAAAUAGCACAAUUCCCACCGGAAGUUUCUGAUCCUAAUAAAGCAAUGGAAAUUAUGAAGUCAUCAUCUGAACAAGAACAACAAGCAUUAAUAGAACUUAUCAGUAAAUGUUCCUCUCGACUAGAUGUCUACAAUCAAUUGUUAGAAGAAGAAACAACUAAACGUAACCAGUUAGCUCUUCAAUUACGUGCUUUUCAUAGUCAUUUGAACGAACGAAUUUUACAGGCUAAAAUUGAAGUCGAUGACUUGAAGUCGAAAUUAGAUCAUGGUCACUCAUUAAAAAGUGAACUGAAUAAACAUAUUUUAAAUCUUCCUGAUCUUCAUCUUCUACCUGAUAUGACAAAUUUCGGUUUAGAUCCGUUACCAACAGUUGGUGAUCUAUUCGGUUAAAUUUCUAGUCUCAAGUUAUGUAAUCAUCAGUUCAUGUAGUAUUGUCUAUCUUCCUUCUUGACUUACUUUUCUAUGUAUAUCAGUCCAAUGUAUAAAGCUUAACAUUUUGUAAAUAUAAAUUUUAUUUCCAGUAAUAUGGAUUGUGUUUUUCUCCCGAGUUUAUAUUAUAUGAUAUCUGUGUAUAUCUGUUCAUAUGUUCAUCUCCUCUUCAAUUUCUUUCACGUUUAUGUAUGAUUGAAUGAAUGAAUAUAUUUAUGAAACAGUUUAUUCAAGUUGUGCAACAUUAUUCCAUCGGUGAUUUCUUUUCUUCUAAUAGAGAAAUGUAUUUAAGACUUUCCUUAUUAUUUCAAGAGCUCCACUUGACAACUCAGUUUAAUAAAGUAAAAGUCUACUUUUGAAUAACUUUACCAGUAUUGUUUAACCUCAAUUAGUACAUAAUACG